AUGUGGCUCAAGGUCCAAGAGAAAGUCAAAGCCUCGAUGCUCAGCAACGUCCCCGGCGCCCUCGACUGGGUCUUCCGCGAUGACAGCGAGCAGGAGCCUUUGGUGACCCCGGAGAUCGUCGAGAGCUUCGUAGAGACGCACUUCGACGAGGUCGAGGGCCGCUGGCGUUUCUGGCCAACCGAGCCCGACGUGCCCUUCGACCCCGAAGUGCCAUCCGACUCCGACGUGCCCUCUGCCCCCGACGUACCCCCCAACCCCGACACGCCCUCCGACAACCAGGUCGCCGCCUCCUCCACGCAGGCCGCCUCCGUCCCCUCCCCCAAACAGCCCACCCCCACCCCUUUCAACCAACAGAUCGCCGCCUUCCUCAAUGCCUUCGCGGACGAGCUGCGCGUCAUCUGGGUCACCUUCGGCAUCGAUACCUCCAAACUCCCCAAGCGCGUCUGGCGCGCAUGCGCCGCGGUAGAUGAGAACCUGCAUAAGGACGCCGCGGUAGAUGAGAUCCUGUCCAAGGACGCCGCCUUCGAGGAGAUCCUGCCCGCGGACGCCAACGCCUCGCCCGAUCUCGCCCUCUGGGAGGAGGGAAAGGAGGGCGAUUGGGCCACCGCGGCGGCGAUCGGAUGGACAACGGAGCAGGCGGGCGACGAAGAGGCCUAUUCUCCCCUCCAGGGCAUCGCGGACGCUGCGGGGCUGCUCAUGGGCCUGCAGCCCGCACGCGGGUACGGCCUGGGGCUCAUCGCGAGCCGCACACCAGGCGCGCCCAGAUAUUCAGAAACCCUCCAGCUCGUCACCUUCGACCGCGCGGGGAUCCAGACCGCCGCCCGCAUCCCCAUCCACGACGCCUCGUCCGCCGAAACACUCGUCCGCCUGCUCACGGGCCUCGCGUUCGGCACGCGCCGGCGGCAGGGGUGGGAUACGUCGCGGUACUGGCGGGAUGGGAAGGAGUACGUGCGCAUUAGGGGCGUCGACUGGGAGGCCGUCGCGCGCGCGCGGCGGGAGGCGGGCGAAGUCGGUGUCGAGGUGUACGUCGACAAGGAAGGGCACCCAGACGGAGUGGAGUUCGAGAUCCUGCCACGGUCGUCGGGCAUGCCAGCUCCGGAGCUGCACCAGGUCGCCACGGCGUGCUGGCCGGUGCGCGGGCCCGACGGCAUCACAUACGCGCUCCGCGAGUCCUGGGACGAGGAGGAUAGCAGGUUCGGAUACAAGCACGAGUGCGAGAUCGUUGCGCGGCUGGGGCAUGUGGAGGGGGUGGUGGAUGUGGUCGCGAGCGAGGUAGUGGAGGUGGACGGGACGACGCAUUCGACGAUGAUACCGCGCCUGGGGAUCGAGCACACGCACAAGGACUUCGACAAGCUCCCGCUCGGUACCCGCACGCACCACCGGGUGCUGAUGUUUCCCUUCGCGGACGAUGUGACCAGCGUCAAGAGUCCGUUGGAGCUCCUGCACGUUCUGUGCGAUGCCGUCCUAGCCCUCCAGCGCAUGAAGGCGGGGCGCGUGAUGCACUGUGACAUCUCGGCCAACAACGUCAGGCUCUGGCGCCCGCCAACUGGCCGCGUUCGCGGGAUGUUGAUCGACUUAGAGAAGAGCUGUGUCCUCGACGAGGACGGCUUUGUCGACGAACUCCUGAUGGGCACCGUCGUCUUCAUGUCCCUCAACGUCCUCGAGAGCAAGCUGCGCACCCCCGCGGACGACCUCGAGUCCAUCGUGUACCUCCUGAUCUACAUCUGCACGGCGUGCGACGGCCCCCGCGGCUGGCGGCACCCGGACUCGCACGCUGCCAUCGCGUGCUGGGCGGACAUCUCCAAGGAGCACAUCCAGCACAAAAAAGAUUUGCGGGCGGCGGAGGACGGGGUCAUCGACCGCGUCGUAAACGAUAUGACGGAGUUCUUCGCGGACCUGGAGCCGUUGGUGUGGGAGCUUUUGCACAAAAUGGCGAAGGUCGGGGCGAAGGGGCUGAAGCACAGCGACUUGUUUGGAGUCCUGGACGAGGCUCGGCAGGAGCUCAUCCGGAAGGAGGAGGAGGAGGAGGAGAAGGAGCGGAAGUUAGCCGAGCAGCAGGAGAAGGACAAUCAAGUCAAGGCGGCGAUCGGGAAGGAGGAUACGUCGGCGGCAGAGGGCAAGGAGAACGUUGCUUGUCCCGUAAGGAAGCCCGCGGGGACCCCUGCACGCCCCAAACGGCCUAGGAUGAGCUCAUACGAGGAGCUUUACGGGAAGGAGCACUCACCGAAGCGCGCUCGUGUCUUGGGCAACGUCGCGCAGAACGCCGCCUAAUGUAGUUUCUUGCUGUACUUUGCAUCGUGUAAAGUGUGGUGUAUCAUUUUCUUGUCCUCGUCAUCGUGAUCGACGUCGACCAAAGGUCUCGGAUGCGACGGAUGCGACGAGCACAACGGGGAGCACAACGGCGAGAAGGAAGCU